CUAUGUGUCCAGCGAGUUGUCCAACAGGAAAUUAAAGUAACGCAAUUCAUAAAUGGAUAGACUUCGCAACACAGAUUCAAUUGAACAGUUCAACGGUUUGACUGAGCGAUUUAAAGGAUGGCGCAAUUGGAGCGGAUUUUGGCUCCUUGGAUUAUGCAACAACUUUGCAUAUGUGGUUAUGCUCAGUGCAGCUCAGGACAUUCUUAAAAAACAAGAGUCUGAAAACAAGACCAUGUUGAACGAUGUUACAUUGUCAAUGGAGUUUAAGGGUGUGAAUACUAGCAACACCACUUGUUAUGACUGCAAUUCUCUCUCAACAGCGGCUGUACUAUUAGCUGACAUACUUCCAACCCUCAUCAUUAAGAUGUCUGCGCCGCUCAUUAUCCACAAAGUGCCUUAUGGAUUUCGAAUCUUAUUCUGUGUCAUCAUGGCGACAACAAGUUUCCUUGUCGUUUCCUUCUCUUCAGCUGUGUGGAUGAGCAUUAUAGGUGUUAUUUUUGCAAGUACCAGCUCAGGAUUUGGAGAGUUAUCCUUCCUUUCGCUCACAGUCUACUACAGCAGGGAUGUACUUGGGGCGUGGGGCUCAGGCACUGGUGGGGCUGGUGUUGCAGGAGCCCUCCUUUAUUCAAGCCUGACUCAAGUUGGCCUUUCACCCCAGGUUACACUGUUAACCAUGCUGACCGUUCCAUUCACAAUGCUGAUUAGCUAUUUUUUCCUGCUGGUUCCACCACCUUUAUUUCCUCAGUGGAAACCUAGAGAAAGAGAUGUUGGCAUUGACACUUCUGAGGAAAGGGAAAGGCUAAUGGAUGGAUCCCAAGAAGAACAGGAAACAUGUAACCAAGUAAUAGAGGACAGGAGGUCUGGACUGCUUACUCUCUCGGAGAAACUGCAUGUAUUCAAAGGCUUGAUGCCAUUCAUAUGUGCCUUGGGACUGGUCUAUUAUGCUGAGUACUUCAUUAACCAGGGCUUGAUGGAGCUCCUGUAUUUCCGAAAGUUUUUCCUGACCCACGCAGAGCAGUAUCGCUGGUAUCAGACAAUUUAUCAAGUUGGUGUGUUUGUCUCUCGAUCCUCGCUUUGUUGUAUGAAGAUCAGGAAACUCUGGGUCCUUGCUUUUCUACAGGUGUUAAAUGCAGUGUUCCUCUUGUUGGAAGUGGGUUACCAAUUCCUGCCUAGUGCCUGGUUGGUGUUUGGGAUCAUCUUCUAUGAGGGUCUGCUGGGUGGAACUGCAUACGUUAACACCUUCUACUUCAUUAGCAAAGAGACUGAAGAUAGACAUCGAGAGUUUGCCAUGGCUGCAGCCAGUGUUGGAGACAGCGUGGGAAUAGCUUUGGCUGGAGUCACCGCUUUCCCUGUCCACAGAUACUUCUGUUCACUCUGAUUCAGCGACACAUGAACUUAGUUAAUAACCAUGAAAAGCAUCUAUCAAACAAACAGAUAAUGCAGCCUGUAACCCCCCCCCCCCCCCCCCCAUGAGUUUCGUACAUUUCAUGGCUGUCAGGGGGAAAAAACAACAUAAUUAUCCUCCCAAUUUUUUUUUUUUAAUGCACAUAGUUAUAUGCGCAUUAAAGUUAUAUUUAUAUAUAAUAUUAUAUCAAUUAGGGCUGUCAAAAUGAUCGCGUUAACGGGCAUUAAUUAAUUUUUUAAAUUAAUCAGGUUAAAAUAUUUGACGCAAUUAACGCACUCCCCCCGCUCAGACAGAUUUAAAUGACAGUACAGUGAACUGCUUGUUAAUUGUGUUUUAUGGUUAGGAGCGAGGAGCGACUUAUGUGUGAAAUUAUCAUUCAUCAUUUGACAUGUUAUUUUGGUGUUUUGGCUCUUCAAAUGAUGGUGUCAUAACGAUGGCCAAAAUAAAGUCAGAAAAUUAUACGGACGUCCAGCAUUCUCAUUUGGGAGUUUAGCUCUCUGUAUAGACCCUACCCACGUGACGUCACAACUCCGCUCUCCUGAAUGGUACCGCCCACUUGUCCGUCAAAACAUAGUGUUAACCUGUUACGGCUACGUACAUUUCUCCUAUUUACGGCGUGUUUUUCUGCUCCUUAACAUUAAUAAUCAAAAUGGUGAAGGUGUGUGUGGCUGUUGGUUGCACUAACAGAGAAGAUGGAAGGAGAGACUUGAAGUUUUACCGUAUUCCGAGGGAUCCAAAGAGAGCGAAAUGGACGGGUGCAAUUCGACGUGAAAACUGGGCACCAAAAAAAUCACCACAGACUAUGUAGUAGUCAUUUUAUAUCCGGUAAGAUGCAUUUAAGAUAUACUUAGAGGGUUUUGGGCUGACAAAUAACCACAAUUAAGAUCAUUGCGAGGCUAAUCGCCGACAACAUACGACGUAGUACGACAUAGUUUCAAAUUCAAGAUGUUUGUGACUUCCCUUUCUUCCACCAUCGUUAUUUUUUUAAUAAUAUUUAGCUGGUACCAAGUGAAAGAAACUGGCCUCGUCUACGGGGCUGACAAAUAACCACAAUUAACAUCAUUGCGAGGCUAAUCGCCGACAACAUACGACGUAGUACGACAUAGUUUCAAAUUCAAGAUGUUUGUGACUUCCCUUUCUUCCACCAUCGUUAUUUUUUGAAUAAUAUUUAGCUGGUACCAAGUGAAAGAAACUGGCCUCGUCUACGGGGCUGACAAAUAACCACAAUUAAGAUCAUUGCUAGGCUAAUCGCCGACAACAUACACGUAUGUAUGUAGUGAGAGUGCUACCGCUAAACCAUAUAAACAUUAAAAGCCUUAACUCCAUUGACAAACGACAUGAAAUACAUUAGACUUGACAGUGGAUGUUACCAAUAACAAAAGAUUUUGAAUUGAAAAUUUCGUAACUCACCUUUCCAAGCACAAGAUAGAUUCCUGCCGAAUUUUCGUGGACGAGGACCUGUUUCACCCAACCAGCAACGAAGUAUUUAUAAGCCUCCAAGCUCUUGAAGUUUUUCAUAUUUUCGUGAGAAUAGGCUGAUUUAGUGUGGACAAGAUAAUUGUAAAUAUCUGCGUAGCAGAUGUCAGGCAGACAGGGCGAAGACAGUGGGUCGAAAAACAUCGAUUUGGGCAUCAAAUAUGGAUCUGGCGACUGUAUAGAACGAAGCUUUUCCUCAUAACGCCUUUCAUGCAACAGAUCCAGUGAGUUUGCGGCAUCAGAACGCACCGGGUCUUCCAUGAAAUGCAUUUUAAAUUCCGCCAUCAAUUGAAAACAAUGCUAAUACAGAGUCAAAAUGACGGACAAGUGGGCGGAACCAUACAGCGAGCACGUGGUUUUGUGACGUAGGUGGGUAGGGUCUAUAGCCAGGACCGAGCCGUAGCGUCCUGGUGAGGACAGUACAUUUGAAAUUUCGUUGUUCAUGCAUCAUGUAACAUUAUUAUACUGAACACUUAUUCAGCAUGUUGUUCUCUAUUGUAUUUUUAUUUUAAAUUGCCUUUCAAGAUGACAUAUCUGUUCCAUGUGUUGGAUUUUAUCAAGUAAAUUUCCCCCCAAAAUGCGACUUACACUUCGGUGCGACAUAUGUUUUUUUUCCUCUUCGUUGGGCAUUUUAUGGCUAGUGCGACUUAUAUUCAGGUGCGACUUAUAGUCCGAAAAUACGGUAAUUAAUUUUUAAGCUGUAAUUAACUCGAUUAAAAAAAUUUAAUCGUUUGACAGCCCUAAUAUUAAUAUAUAUAAUUAUACACAUAGUUGUGUGGGCAAGAAAACCCUAUAUCAUAGACUUCAUAAUAUAUAUAUUAUACUAUUAUAUACAAUAACAAAGUCUAUGCCUAUAUGUUGCUCACUCAACAUAAUUAACUAUGUACUGCGUUUGCACUAGUUUUUGGGACCCCCCUCUGUUAUUGAGAGGGUUGGUAUGCUCUAUCAGACGCGGGAGUGAGGAUACGGAAAGGCUGUGAGUGACAUCAUCACUCGAAAUUAAUAUCUCAAUAUCUAUAAAACGAUAACAACACAAAUGAAAAUUUUUACAGCACAAACGAUUGACACCAUUUUUAAUCAAAAUGUGGGGUUGCUUGACCUCAGAUUGACAUAUGAAACAAUGGUUAAUAUCUAAAAAAAAAAAAAAACAGGACAAACGAAACUUUUUUUCAGCACAAACGAAUGACCUAAUUUUUCUACAACUUUGCAUGUGAUGGGGGGCCAACUUCACGGAGGUGAGGUUGUCUCAUUGAAAAAGUAGAUCUUGGAGCUAAAAACAAUUAGCACCCCUGUUCGACAGUGACCUGAAAAUAAUGUUACAAUAAAAUAUCAACUUAAUGGGUUUAUACACACUAAUUGAUCUAUACUCUUGUUUAUAUGAUUAGGUGUAUCCAUAACUUCACCUCUCAAUGCUAGACAUUUUUAAACUUAAGUGUAAAACUGAAUCUACAAAUAAGAUAACAAGAUUAACAUUAUACUUUUUAAAGGUGUGUUUUUAUACAGUAUCUAUUAAAUCCAUUGUAUUAAAAAUUGUCUGCUGUGGAUAGUUUGCAUUUUAAGUUUUUUUUUUUUUUCUAUUUAAAGUGCUCAAUUAAUUUAUUUUAUUUCUUUAAAUAGUACUGGUACUACCAUGAUUGUCUGUUUAUGCAAUCAUUUUGAUAGCAAUAUCAUGUGUGUCAUGUGAAAAAAUUAGGACACCCCAUGGAAGCCUGUGUUUUCUAACAUAUUUGGUCAUAUGGAUAUUUAAUAUCAAUUUUAACAAUCUUGAGGGAUUCAAGUAAUAGACCUAAACAAUUAAAUGGGAAAAAAAGUUUUUUUUUAAUAACUUGGUAAAAUGUAAAUCUAUAUAAAUGCAAUUUCUGCUGAGGAAUAAAUUAGGACACCCCCACAUUCAGUCCCACUUAAAAUGGCUACAAUCACACCCAGGGGUAUCACGUCAGGUGCACAUAAUUAGAAAAUCAUUACCCAGUGUUUUGAAGGAGGCAUGCCUUAUUUAAACCUUGAUUUAGUUUGAUGUGCCCCUGACUGUUGAAGUGAGAGAAAACACAAUCAAAGGAGCUGUCUGACGCCUUCAGAAAGAAGAUUGUCGACGCUUAGGUAUCGCAAAAGAAUAUUACAUCAGCCAUUCCACUUUCUGGAAAAUAGUCUACAAGUGGAAGACAUUAAAAAAAACUGCCAACAUGCUGACGUCUGGCCGUCCAAGCAAGUUCACCCCUAAAGCAGACCGCAAGAUGCUAAAAGAAGUCUCCAAAAUCCCUAAAAUGUCAUCACGUGACUUACAGCAGGCACUUGCUACUCUUGACGUGAAAGUGCAUGCCUCAACAAUCAGAAAGAGACCUCACAAUUUUAACCUUCAUGGGACGUGUGCAAGGAGGAAACCUUUGUUCUCCAAGAAGAACAUGAAGGCCAGAAGUUUGCCAAAGUGAAUGUAGACAAAGACAAGGACUUCUGGAAUAAUGUUCUUUGGACAGAUGAAUCUAAGAUUGAAUAAUUUGGAUAACAGAACAGAGGAGAUGUUUGGCAUAAACCCAAUACAGCAUUCAAGGAAAAUAACCUCAUACCAAAUGUGAAGCGUGGAGGUGGAAGUGUCAUGGUUUGCGGAUGCUUUGCUGCAGCAGGACCUGGCCAGCUCAUCAUCAUAGAAUCCACUAUGAAUUCUAUCAUGUAUCAGAGGGUGCUUGAGGAACAUGUGAGAUCAUCUGUGAAAAAAUGAAAGAUGAGGCAAAACUGGACCCUGCAACAUGACAAUGAUCCAAAACAUACCAGUAAAUCCACCAAGGACUGGCUGAAAAGAAAUGGAAAUUCCUGAAAUGGCCGAGUCAAAGCCCAGAUCUUAAUCCCACUGAGAUGCUGUGGGGUGACUUGAAACGGGCUGUACAUGCAAGAAACCCCUCAAACAUCUCACAGCUGAAAGUAUUCUGCGUUGAGGAGUGGGGCAAACUUUCUUCAGACCAUUGUCAAAGACUGGUAGAUGGCUACAAAAAGCGUCUCACUGAAGUUACUUCAGCCAAAGGGGGUAUCACUAGCCAGGGGCGGACUGGUAAUCUGCGGGUUCUGGAGGAUCACAGAGCGGCCGGUGCCCUGGACGGCCGGCGGACGCCAUUCAUUAUACAUCACUCUUUUUAUCCCCCCAUCGUCUGAUUAUAUACAGUUCGCAUCCAAGCCGACUGGUGGCAGCAAUGCGCCUGGCUGUUCACCACCAAUCUGAUGGAAGAAUGAAGAAAGCACAGAGUAGCCUUAAUUGGUUCCUUGUGGAAGCAAAAUAGCGACGAACGUUAAUGCACAAUAUAGAUGGUGGUGGCAAAAAAAAAAAAAAAAGGGGUGGCGGUUAGGCAAGGUUAGGGACAAAAAAUUAAAGAAGCUGGAGAGCGAAGCAUUAAAAUGUCAUAAAUUGACAAAUAUUUUCGCAAGCAGCAGUCUGCCUGCAACGGCCACGUCGGGUAACAACUGCCCAGCCCCCGGCGAUGGUGAGAGUGGGAGCGGCAGCCGCUCUGUCGUGCAGCCGGUGGAAGGAGAGAGAAAGAAGAGGGAGGGGGUAAUGAUAAGCUGGUGGAAGUUCCCCAGACAAGCGUCGGGCAAGUAUGUUAGCCUGGUACUCCAGACUCACCGCUGUUCCAGCUAUUCUCUCAGUGUUUGAAAAAUACAGGGAGAACAGUCUGGCCGUGCCAGGCAACAAGUAAGUAGGGAUGAAGAGGGUUACUUGCUCGGUAUACUGGCAAUUGUUAUCCACCAGGUAGCUACAUUUUAAAUGAAAUAAAUGACAAAGGGUUAGUGCCAGCUAGUCCAUGUACCUGUUUGCAAUCGUGUCAAGUUACAGUAUGCUAGUCCUACUAUCACUCUCCUAAGAAAAAAUAUUUUAGCUGUAAAACAACAUAUGCACACGCAGCAGAAAUAUUAAUUCAGAAGAAAUAUAACAAAAUAUUAAUAAAAUGAAAGGUUUUACUACUUUAAAGUUUAGGUAGUUAAAUUGAUAUGAUAUAAAUUCUUUAUUUAUAUAUCGUUUUGUUUUCUGGUUAAUACUUUCCAAUGAAGGUUAUGUAUACAGGAUAUGUCUUGAAAUGUUUAUUGUAUUUUCAUUGAAAUGUAUUAUUUGUGUGGCAAGAUUAAUUAUAGCAUAAACAAUGAAGUCAUUUUAUAGACACGGGAUAAGUGCUAUUAUAAUCAAUUGGAUACAUAAAACUUGCUUUAAAAAAUAAAUUCUUUCAUUUGUUUAUUCAGGUUGAUCAUAGAGCUAGGGCAGAAGAUCAUGAAUCCAACUCCAGUUCAGCCUUGCAGUACUUUGAGCACCCCAAGUCAGACAGUCACAGUCUAGACACAUUUUCUUCAUUUUUCUCUCAAAGUGCACAAAAUCGAUGCAUUUUACAAUAAAAUGUAAAAAAAAAAAAAAAAAA